AUGCUGUUCAAGAGCCGUGGGCCUUCACAGCUUCGUGGACUUGGUGCAACCAUUGAAUUCAAAUUCAGAGACAAGUGUGUUUCGGGAAUCAAUCGCUUCCAUCACUUCCGUGGUGGUUUGCUGUGUAUAGAUGUCUCUGAUGUCCGCUGCCGAGCAGGAUGGUGCGCCGACACACUCAACUCGAGGAGUGCUCCGUUGAGAGUGAAACGCGGAGCCCGGAACCCGGCCCGGACCAUUAGGCAAGGCGCCUAUCGAAACUGUGUGCUUCACUGCGCUCCUCCAACGCCUUGCGAAAGUAUGAACCGGGAACCACCUGGUUACAUCUCCGCGUGCCUUAGCUUGACCUCUUCUGUGCAUGCUUGCGGGCGCUCGGUUAUCUACAUCAGUCACUUUCUCUCUCGUAUGUCCAGUUCUUUCCGCUCAGGUCGUGAAAUGCCGCCCGCUCAGCAUUUCUCACAAAUCGAUUGA